UAUUUCUCUCUCCCUCCACCACCCAUCAGAAUCUCAUUACUGCUGUUUUCUAAUGACGUAAGAAACACGCCAUCUUGACUCAGUGGCGAAGCCAACAUUUGUAGCAGAUGAUUUCCACUUAGUCAUCUACCUUUCCUUCUUCUAUAAACAUUACACACAUUCACGCUUUGCUGCCGUUUUAAACUAAAUUCAAAACUGAACGACCAUCACACAUACACACAGCUCGUUCCUCGUUUUUGGAUUCUAACAUUUCUUCGCUGACAAUAUGUUCGGCCGGAACUCCCAAUACGAUAAAGCUCUUGAGAAAGCAACAAGCCAGCUACUAUUAGAACCAGACUGGGACUCUAUUUUAGGUAUCUGUGACUGCAUCAGACAGGGAGAUGUACAACCCAAAUAUGCCCUGACUGCAAUCAAGAAGAAAUUAGCUGUUGAUAAUCCUCAUGUUGCAAUGUUUGCACUCCAGACACUGGAGUCCUGUGUAAAGAAUUGCUCCUCAUUGAUUCACCAAGAAGUUGCUUCCAAAGAGUUCAUGGAGUUUCUGAAGGAACAAGUCAAGACAAGACCACCCCCUGUCAAAGAGAAAAUAUUGGAACUGAUCCAGGUAUGGUCACAUGCUUUCCGCAAUGAACCCAGCUACAAAGCAGUGCAAGACACAUACCAUUUAAUGAAAAUGGAGGGUUAUACGUUUCCUGCUUUAAAAGAAGCUGAUGCAAUGUUUGUGGCAGAAAAGGCACCAGAAUGGAAAGAUGGUGAGUGUUGUACUCGUUGCCGUGUGGGAUUCAGUGUUGUUCAAAGAAAGCACCAUUGCCGCAACUGUGGAGAAGUAAUGUGUAGUAAAUGCUCUUCAAAAGUAUCAACCAUUCCUCGCUUUGGGAUAGAACGUGAAGUGCGAGUCUGUGAUUCUUGCUUUGAUAAACUCAAAGAUAAGAAGACCGCAUCUGAUACAGACUCUCUGCCUUCUGAAUAUUUGGCCAGUUCACUGUCCAAGCAGUCGCAGAAGGCAUCAAGAGGUCAGGAGAAUCUUCCCCCUUCGAAGAGUGACCAGGAAAUCCAAGAGGAGGAGGAGCUACAACUGGCAUUAGCAUUGUCAAAGAGUGAACAUGAAAGCAAAGAGAAAGAGCGAGAGAAAACUAUCCAUAAAGUACGUACAUAUAACGGAUAUAUUUCCAGCAAGACAAAUGUGAGCCCACCACCAUCGACUGUUACUGUUUCAGCUCCUGCAAUAGAUACUUCAGAUAUGGAUCCAGAACUUGCUCGUUACCUUAACCGAAAUUACUGGCAGCAAAGGUCAGAACAGAGUGCAACAACCCCUUCUGCUCCCAUUGCCACCGCAGAACCAAAGACAACGAUUAUGAAGACACAUGAAAUGAACGGGGAUAUUGACAUUGACCAACAACAAUUCUUGGGUGCUCUACAAAGCAGUGUUGAGAUAUUUGUCAAUCGUAUGCGCAGUAAUUCAAUGAGAGGUCGGAGCAUAACCAACGACACCUCUGUGCAAUCCCUCUUCAAUGUCAUAAGUAACAUGCACCCACAGUUGCUGAAAUAUAUUCAAGAGCAAGAAGAUGCCCGAAGCCACUACGAAUGUCUCCAGGACAAACUUGCUCAGCUGAGAGAUGCUCGGGAAGCCCUUGAUGCUUUACGUGAGGAUCACCGUGAAAAACGAAGACGUGAACAAGAAGAACAAGAAAGACUUAGACAGAUUCAGAUGUCACAGAAGCUGGAAAUUAUGCGACAAAAGAAGCACGAAUACCUUGAGAUGCAACGCCAGUUAGCAUUCCAGCGAAUGCAUGAACAGGAGCGAGAAUACCAGAUUCGUCUUGAGCAACAGAAACACCUCACUCAGAUCAGGCAGAUGCAGGCUUAUGGCUACGGCCAGAACCCGUAUGGUGCCCCAAACUUUCCUAGUCCUGGCAGCUCACUUGAAAACUCUCCGGUCCACCAGAUGCAUCGAAUAGGUUAUUUGCCAGUUGGUAUGAUGCCAGGUCCUGGUGCUCCACCAGGCAUGGCGCCACCGCCACCACCACCAUCUCUCCCGGUCAACAGCAGUGCACCAAAUGAGAUCUACAUGCAACCACCUGGUGCACCACCAUCACAACAACAGCCACCACCGCAGCAACAACAACCACCACCCUCACAGCAACAACAACCACCACCACAACAACAACAACAACCAACACCACCACAGAUCCCAAAUGCACCCAACUCCACAAACUACAGCCAACCUGCUGGUGGUCAGUACCCUCCUGCUCUUGGUCACCCGUCUCAAACGGUUGCACAGUCUGCAGGUUACCAACCAGCAAUGAGCACAGAUGUUAUACAGGCUUCUUCCAAUUCUUACCAAUCUUAUAAUCCAGCAUCGAGUCAGCCGUCAAGUUUAUCACAGAUUUCUUCUGCAGGACCAAUUUAUACAUCAAUCCCUAAUCCAGAAUAUUCCUCAUUAAACAUGCAGAAUCUGGCAAAUACUCUUCCUCCAGUCGGUGCAUCUCAACCAAGUGUGUAC